UGUUGUAUGAUUGUGCGGGUUAUAAAGCAAGCAGCUGUGUUGUGACUUGUUCAGUUGUUUGGCAUUAAGUUGUUGUUGUGAAGCUAGCUAAAAUUUAUGAAAGCAAAGCAUAACAAGAGCGUAAAUAAUGAAUUUUACAUGAAAAUAUUGUGCACAAUAUAAAUUGUAUCUUUUGUUAUAAAUUGUAUCUUAAUAAAAUUAGUUAAAAUGGAUGAAGAAAAUUUAGUUGAUUCUUCUGUGGAAAGUAAUUCAACGGAAAAUUUAAGUUCAUUAAAUGGCUCUACGGAACAGUUAUCGAAUUGGCCAAGACGCAAACAACUUCUCAAUAAAAUUUUUAUAUUAGAGCCAGCUGUUUUGCUGAUUUUUAUGGCCAAAACUCUAUCAGGAUCAGUUUAUCAAAAUCAAAUAUUAUACCAAACGUGUAUUGCAAUAUUUCAUUACGACGAAUCUGAUUGUACGCCCCUUCUAGGUGUUGUAAGCAACAACUCGGAGGAAGCUCAUCAAAUUGAAACUGAAGUACAGCCUGUGGUUGCUCGCAUACUCAUGACUCGCUCUUUAUUUGAAAGUAUAUUUACAGCAUUUGUAAGUUUGUUUAUUGGAGCGUGGUCAGAUAAAUUCGGAAGACGUCCGGUUAUGUUGAUAACAUUAGCAGGUUCUUUUUUAAGUUAUUUAAUAUUUGGCGUGUUAGUAAUUAUAUCUAAUAAUGUUGUACUGACGCCCUGGAUUUAUUUAAUAUCAUCGAUACCUGCAGUAUUAUGUGGCGGUAACUGUGCUUUAAUUGCUGCAGUCUAUGCCUAUAUAACGGAUGUUGCAACUAUUGAAACAAGAGCAAAGCGCAUGAUUUCGAAUGAUGCUUGUCUGGGUCUUGGAAUAAUAAUUGCUAGUAUAUCAGUAGGCUAUAUAUAUGCUGCUACAAAUGUAUAUGUUAUAUUCUUUAUGUCAGCUGCCUUAUAUAUGCUUGCAUUCUUAUAUGUAUUUUUCCUUGUUUUAGAGGACCAUACAACAGAGCUCUUUAUGACGAAAUUGCGAGAAUUCUUUCGUUUUGAUUUAGUGAAGGAUAUUAUGCGCACAUGUCUUAAAAGACGACCCCAUUAUGAUCGUGCCCUGAUUUGGUUAAUUAUAAUAACGUUAUCCGCUGCUGUUUUCACUAUGGAGGGUGAUGCUACUGUUACUUAUCUUUUUAUGCGACAGAAAUUUAAUUUAACUCUUCAGGAUUUUAAUUUCUUUAAUACUAUUCGCAUGGUGGUACAAAUUUUGGGAUGCAUAGGCGGUAUGGUUAUAUUAAGAAGGUUACUUAAGUAUUCGGUUAUAACGAUGUCACUAAUAGCUCUGGGCUGUUGUGUAUUGGAGAGUGUUGUACGGGCUACAACAGCGAAAUGGUGGGAAAUGUAUUUAGGCGUAGGUUUGGGUUGUAUGAAUAGCUUAUUGUUUCCUAUGGCUAGAGCUAUAUUAUCAUAUGUAACACCUACUGAUGAAAUUGGUAAAGUUUUUGGAUUGACUGUAUCUUUAGAAGCACUAACACCAUUUUGUGCAGCACCACUUUACACUUUCGUCUACAACGCAACUUUAGAUAUAAAUCCAGGUGUCUUUAACUGGAUAAGCGGUGGCUUAUACGUCCUUUGUUUUAUAUGUGUGAGUACAAUCUUUGGUAUUAAAUUAUCGUUUGGCAGUAGCAACGUGUAUGAACAGCUUGGUAGCUGAUUACAAAUUAGGUGAUUGCAGUAUCUUGUAUUAAUUCUAAUGUGAUAUUACCAAAAAGCCAUUUAUAUCAAAUCUAGUACUAAGUUAUAUGUGUAUAAAAAUGAUCAGUAAUGGAGAAAUGAAUAGUGCAUAACUAAUACAACAUUAUAUACAAUUAUUAAAUAGAAAAUUACAUUCUAUUUUCAUAUUAAGCAUUAGAAAAAGUGGGCAUAAAAUAACCGAUGUGAUGUAUUACAGUAGAACGGAUCUACAGAUUUAUCUACAUGAAAUACCACAUAAUGUACUGAGUAUUUACAGCGAUAAAUUUUAUAAAGAGCUGUUGAAAACCUCUAUCAAGAAUGAAUUUUAAAAACCACAUAAGACAAUACAACUUAUAAACUAUUCACGGAAAGCUGUCAUUAGAAGGAUACUAUACAUUUUUUCAUCUAAGUAGUAUUGUUUUUGAAUUCAUAUUUAAAUCACAUUAAAUCACGUCUCGAAAUUCUUAAUAGAUUGUGAAUUUUGAUUCAUAAGUACAACUGAUGAAUCUGUACUGUUUAGUAGGUACAACUGCAUCUAAGUUCGAUAUUCGAAUUGCUACUGCAACCAUAUCGGAAUUUUUAUGUAUUUUGGAUUAAAAAUGCAAACUACUUAGGAUAAUUAACAUCUGUGACUAUUAGAGUUCAUUCGGAGCUAUUAAUUCAGCUAUACCGUAGAGCAAAAUAAUUUAUCUUUAGCUGACAACAAAUUUUAAAAUGCUUAAGUGCAUUUUUAUUGGGACAUUAAUAAUUUUG